AUGGCCACCAUCCCCGCGCGGCUCCACCACCACCUCGUCGUCGUCGUCCUCUUCAUCCUCCUCCUCGUGCCGUCGCUCACCUUCGCUCAGUCCCGCGCUUUCGGAGGGCCGCCGCCGGCGUACGCGCGGUACCUGGUCGAUGCGGCGGCGACGCCGGCGGUGGAGCUGUACGACUACAUCGUCGUGGGCGGCGGCACGGCGGGCUGCCCGCUCGCGGCCACGCUGGCGGGGCCCGGCGGCGGGCGGGUGCUCCUGCUCGAGCGCGGCGGCGCGCCCAGCGAGUUCCCCGCGCUCGCCACGGCGGGCGGGUUCGUGAGGACGCUCGCCAUGGCGGACCCGGCCCCGGAGUCCGACGCGCCGGCGCAGGGGUUCACGUCGGAGGACGGCGUCCCUAACGUGCGCGCGCGCGUGCUCGGCGGCGGCACGGCCAUCAACGCCGGGUUCUACUCGCGCGCGCACCCGGAAUGGUUUCGCGGCCACGCCGAGGAUGCUGAGGUGACCAAUUGGGAUAUGCCGCUGGUGAAUGCGUCAUAUGAGUGGGUGGAGAGGCUGAUGACGUUCCAGCCGGCGGUGCAUGGGUGGCAGGCGGCGGUGAGGGCGGCGCUGCUGGAAGCAAAUGUGACGCCGUGGAACGGCUUCACGGUGGACCAUGUCACUGGCACAAAGGUCGGCGCCACGACCUUUGAUGCAUCAGGUCGACGGCGCAGCGCUGCGGACCUCCUUGCGUUUGCCCGUCCUAGCCGUCUCCGGGUUGCCGUCCGUGCUACAGUUACUAGCAUCAUCACCAACCCGAUUGACCCUGCUGUGCGCCGUGGAAGGUCUCCACAACCAACAAUUGCAGCAAUUGGUGUUGUGUACCAGGACCAUCUCCUCGAUCAGCACCAAGCCCUCCUGCGCCCAGGUGGGGAGGUUAUGCUUUCAGCAGGUGCCCUGGGGAGUCCCCAAUUGCUGCUGCUCAGUGGCAUCGGCCCUUCUACUGAUCUUUCCAACCUCGGUAUCCCUGUUUCUGCUGACAUCCCCGAUGUUGGCAAACAUAUGUACGACAACCCUCGCAAUGGCAUCUCCUUCAUCCCGUCAGUUCCUAUUGAUCACUCUCUUAUUCAGGUCGUUGGCAUCCCGUCAGCUAAUGGAACUGCCUCAUACCUUGAGGCAGCAUCAUACAUUGUCCCACUUGCUCCAGAGUUGAGAUCUUCGAGUCCUUUCCUUGGCUCGUCAUCUCCACUCUAUGUUACUGUUGCAACUAUCAUGGAAAAGGUUCCUGGACCAUUAUCUGAAGGUUCACUAUGGCUUUCAUCAACGAAUCCAUUGGAGAGUCCUGCUCUGCGCUUCAACUACUUGAGCCAUCCUGAGGACUUGGCACGAUGUAUCCUGGGUGUGCGUCAUGUGGCAGAAGUGCUUGAGGGCAGAGCAUUGGACGGAUUUCGUUCAGCAGUUGGAUUGACGAAUGGAAGAGGAGGGUCUGUUAGGAGGGACUUCAGGAUUGUUGGGACAGCACUGCCAGUUGACUGGAGAACAAACGAUAGAGCUCUAGCAAACUACUGCCAGCAGACUGUGGCAACGUUAUGGCAUUAUCAUGGAGGGUGUGUCGCUGGGAAGGUGGUCGAUAGGAAUUUCCGGGUAAUUGGUGCCCGUGCAAUUCGUGUGGUGGAUGCAUCAACGUUCAGUGAGACACCUGGGACAAAUCCUCAGGCUACAAUCUUGAUGAUGGGCAGGUAUGUGGGGCUGAAGAUGAUUGAGGAGAGACACAGUAGAAGGCCGGUUAUACUGCCAUAG